AUGGCCUUCCUCGCACCGCUAGGGGCACCGGUCUCCCUCCCCUCGUCCGCCUUAACUCAUGUCAAAUCGUGCCGGUCCAAACAGGCGAGACUCACAAGGUCGGCCAAGUCAGUGCGGUGUUUAGCCGGCAGCGAGCAGCCGUCAGCCGGCAAUGGCAGCUUGACUGGUCGCUCGGGGAAUGCCGGGAACCCUAAUCUCGCCGGCACCGACUCGUCCACUAGCGGUCCGUCCAAUGGCGCGUCGUCAGCUUCGUCCUCGAAGCCGGCCGCGGCGCCGUCGGCGGGCGCCGCCGCUGCGCUGCGCGCAUUGGACGCGCAGCUGCUGGAACUGGCGCGGGAGGAACGGGAGAAGCGCGGGAUAGGGCGGGGGAGCGGGAAAAGCGAUGGCGCAAGAAGAGAGGGCGCGGCUGCUGCGGCCAGCUCAAGGCCCAGUAGCAGCAGCGGAGACGAGAAACCAGCCCUGCAAGUGGGGCGAGGGGCGAGUGCGGAGGGAUGGCCGGAAUUCGACACGCCAUUCUUAGCCUACUCCGGCGGUGCUCUCCUGCUCUUCACCCUCCUCUCCAACCUCGUCUUUGCGUUCGCCUCCAAGACCUUCGCCCCCACUCCUGCUCCUCUAGACGCCUCCUCCUCCCCCUCUGAAGCUGCUGUGGCCGCCCAGCCGCGGUCACAGAUGGCACGGCUGAUCCAGGAGAAACUGAGGAGAGGUGCGGAGUUGACUGUGGAUGUGGGAGUGGUCGAGGCGCCGCCGUUGUUGGAACAGUGA